CACCUAUGUCGGUGUAACAGGAGUGUACUAGGGGCUCGAGCAAUAGACUAUCUUAGAAACAUUCAGCAGUAUUAAUUACAGAAGUUUGAAUAUUCACAAUGGAUUUACUUGAUUUUAGUGUUGUUUUGCUGUGUUUGAUGACGGGGAGUUGUAAAUCACAACCGCAACAGUUUUGGAAUGACAUGGCUCAGAACGACAUGAGGAAGGCAAUGAAAUUCCAGCCCAAUACUAACGUCGCUAAAAAUGUCAUCCUCUUCAUCGGUGAUGGUAUGAGUAUAUCCACAAUCACUGCCGCACGCAUACGAAGGGGUCAGCUUCAGGGGCGAACGGGCGAGGAAACUGUUCUGAAGUUUGAGGAAUUUCCACAUGUAGGCCUCCUGAAGACGUAUCCGGUUGAUCGACAGACGGCAGACUCAGCGUCGACUGCCACAGCGCUUCUGUCCGGUGUGAAGACCAAGUACUACCUGGUGGGACUGGACGCCACAGCAAAGCGUGGGGACUGUGCUUCGGCCAAAGGGGCGAGACUCAAGACUAUGGUGGACUGGGCUGAAGAGGAAGGAAAGUCAACUGGUAUCGUAACAACCACACGCCUGACCCACGCCACACCCAGCUCAGCCUACGCCCAUUCUGUGGACCGGGACUGGGAAGGUGAUGUUAACAUGGAUGACAAAACAGGGAAAUGCCGGGAUGUUGCUCAUCAGUUUGUCUUUGAAAAUAGAAACAUAGAGGUUGCCUUUGGCGGAGGAAGGAGACAUUUCAUUCCUUACGAUGUUGCGGAUCCGGAGGCAAACUUCACCUACGCAAAAUACCAGAGAAGGGAUAAUCGUAAUCUAAUUGAUUGCUGGAAGUUUCUGCAAGAUGAGGAUGGGAAACGUUUCAAAUACGUAUGGAACAAACAACAGUUUGACGACAUAGAUCCUGACAAUGUCGACAAUGUCCUCGGACUGUUCGCUCCUAGCCACAUGCAGUACGAGAUGGAGAGAGACGAUGGUCCACAAGGAGAACCUUCACUGACGGAAAUGACGACGAAAGCAAUCAAGAUUUUACAGAAGAACGACAAAGGUUUUUUCCUUAUGGUUGAAGGAGGACGUAUCGACCACGCCCAUCACGACAACAAGGCUAAGAAAGCCCUCCACGAGACUCUGGCGCUGGAAGACGCGGUUAGGGAGGCCGUCAGACUGACAGACGAGGAGGAUACAAUGAUCGUGGUAACGGCGGACCACUCUCACGUGUUCUCUCUUGGCGGGUACCCGUCAAGGGGAAACGACAUUCUAGGUACACAACCGACCAUAUACAUUUCUACUGCCGUGGAUGACGUGCCGGAGCAGUACCUUCCGCCAGACCGGAAGGGGUUCACGACCAUUACUUACGGGAACGGGCCCGGGUUCGAGGGCGGCAAUAGGACUGACCCCCGUUACAUAGACACAACUACUGACGACUAUGUAUUCCCGAGCGCCGUGCCUUUGGGACAGGACACACACGGGGCGGAUGACGUGGCGGUGUACGCCCGAGGGCCCAUGUCGCAUCUAAUACACGGGGUUCACGAACAGAAUUACGUAGCUCACGUGAUGGCGUACGCCUCAUGCAUUGGGAUAAACAAGGCUCAUUGUGCACACUAUAGGGUUAUCAACACUGGACCGAUACACACACCACAUAGCGGUCUGCUACUUGUAGUUAUAGCUUGUAUUCUUCUAUUGAACAUACGUCUUUGACGCACGUUUAUUCAAUUUAGAUAUUUGGCAUGUGUUCAUUUUUGAAAGAAAAAACCACCAGUGAAUAUUAUUUAUUAUAUUGUCAUCAUGCGGUUUGUGAGAAACUGAUUUUCGAGAGAGCGUGUAUAACCUUAUAACUAAAACCCGUUUGCAACUGACAUAAUUAAAUCAUUGGUCUCAUUUCCUACAGAUAUUUCAUGAUAUAGUCAUACCUCCGAAAAGGUUUUCAUAAAGUAUAGGACAUUUGCUGUUAAGUUAACAGUUUAACGCUUAGGAUUUCUCUUUCUUGUUUUGUUAGUUAUGUACAGCCAAUCGACGUUUAAAGUGUUAAUUUAAAUAUUGUUAUUACCACAAGUACAAUGGAAAAGUGAUCAUAAUGUACAUGAACAUUAUAUAUGGAGUUUCUCUUGGUGAACAAAUAUCUAAUAAAAACAGAGAGACAGGCAAGGACCGUCACACAAAAGAAAAACCCCAAGUGCAUUGUAUAUGAUAGUAAGGGAUGGAUGUGUGUGUUUGUGUUGGGUUAUUGAACAUGCUGAAUAUGGAUGAAAAUGAUGAAGAAAAAUAGUGAAGUUGAAUUUGUCUAAUAUAAACUCUCAACAAUCUCCUCUGUGAUAUUAGCUUUCAUUUUAAGUUCACAUAAAUUCAGAGGAAGAAUAUCUUUCAUAUAUAUGUUUGUCUUUUAAGUGCACGCAUGCACAUUCGCAAACAGAAGUCCAUAUGAAUCGUUGUCCAUUGACUCUGCGUCAUUUUUCAUUUUCAAUAUCCUUUGUUGUUUUUUGUGGGGUUUUUCCUCAUGUUUUUCUGUUUUCUCCUUUUAGUCUAUAAGAUAUAAGAAUGUAAGUAUAACAGAUGUGCAUGCAGCAUGAUUGAAAUGUAAGUAGGUAUGGUACGUUCGCUUAAAUAACACUUGUGUAGUUUAUAACAUGAAUGUGUGUUUUGUAUUGAACAAAAACUUCUGAAAAAUAAAGAAAUAAAA